UACAGGAGAUGAUCAGAGACUGCGGACAUAGUACAGGAGAUGACCAGAGACUGCGGACAUAGUACAGGAGAUGAUCAGAGACUGCGGACAUAGUACAGGAGAUGACCAGAGACUGCGGACACAGUACAGGAGAUGACCAGAGACUGCAGACACAGUACAGGAGAUGACCAGAGACUGCGGACACAGUACAGGAGAUGACCAGAGACUGCGGACAGUACAGGAGAUGACCAGAGACUGCGGACACAGUACAAGAGAUGACCAGAGACUGCGGACACAGUACAGGGAAUGACCAGAGACUGCAGACACAGUACAGG